UAGCUAUCCCACUAACUAACCCCUGGACUCUCUGUCCACUAACUCACGCAUGCAUACUAACUCAGUUCAUAGUACCUCGGGAGGGAGCUUUGCCACGUUGUUCACGGGGCUUGGCUAAUUUGCCACUCCCCUCUGCCUCUCUUUUAUAAACACCAACCAUCCUUUACUUGUGUGAGAGCUGUGUCCGGACACAAGAAGCAAUCCCGCCCAGUUGAAACCCCUUUGCUUGUGCCAUGGACGUCGUCGUCGCCGUGGAAAACCUGAAGCCCGAGGAUUACACCAUGCCUCAGCAACUAGUUGAUUUAAGUCCAGGGCAGCUGCAUAAGCUAGCGGAGUUGAUCCAUCGACAAGAAGUGCAGAAGUUUCAAGAGCUCAAGUUCCAGUCAUACGCAGAGCAACAAAACUAUCUCAAAAACGCCAAAGAGGCCCGUGAUAAGGUGUACCAUAUCCUUGGCAGUGCACAGGAGAUGAUUAUGGAGGCCGAGGCCGACAAAGACGCCACCAAGCAAGAUAUUGCUAAGGAUGUCCAUGAGUACUGCACCAAGGCCAUCGGAACAUCCCUCAAAUUCAUCCGUAGUUACAACACCCGUCUCACCUACCUUGAUAAGGUCAAGACCCACAGUGAUGAUCUCAUCAAGCAGCUAAAGUGUCUUGAUCCGGCAACUCAACAGAAGGAAGCUCAAUGCCUUGCUCUUGAGGCUGGCAGGUAUAAGAAAGCUGCGCUUGAGGAUGCCGAAAAGUUUGAACAUUUUAUACCAAAUCAAUUCUCAGAAUGGCUCAAGGGUAACAAAAUCAAGUUUCAGGAUCUGGUGGCAGAUGAUACCGCCAAGCCUGGUUUGAGGGGGGCUUUUAAAACCUUGGAUGAUACUCAAAAGUUAAAGGCAUAUGACAAUAUUAUUGCGGGAAGUGGACAUGGAAAACCCAUGGUGACUUACUCAUAUGAAGAUUUGGGAAAUGUCAAGAUUGACAGUGGAACUAGCAAGAUGAAUAUAACAGACGGGCUUAGUGGUUGUCGUGUGGCUCCUAUGAUUGAUGGUCUCCAACUCGCUCGUCUUGUUACGCACAACUACCCCGACCUAUGAACUGAUUAUCCCAGAAUGCUACUACUCUACUACUGUUGCUAUCUUUUGCUGUUGUUGCUGCUACUUUGUGCACUCCUUAAAUAAUACACCCGCCCCUGCGAGGAAGCUGUUGUAUUCCGUGAUACCAUAAUCUUAAUUAUAUAGUUCAUGAAUGAAUGUACUUCAGCUUUGUUUUCUUGUGGUAUAUAUUAUCAUGCUCAUAUAUACAUGCUUUUAUGCAUAUAAGUC